AAAACCGCUUCAGGCAAUAUUCAGGAUAUAAAGUACAUAAUACUUUGAAACUCUAAUGAAAAUAGAGGGGAGAAAAAGCCUCAGACCCGAGCAGGGGGAUAAAAGGAACGUUAACCUCGCACAGAAAAAGAACAAAACACAACAAAAGACAGAUGUACACAUCUUCCUCAGCAACCAAUACCAAACCAGCAUGAGAAAUUCUAUCUUCUUUGUCGUCGUCGUCCUUUUCUUUUGGGAGGGAUUCAUGGUCUGCCAGCUCCUCCAGGACAACUGUCGUUCUGGCGCCACCCUCACGCUGACCAGCCCCGGGGGUGGUGCCGUGUACAGCCAGUGUGGUGCUACCAUUGACAAGGUGGAGGCCAAGGAGGCACCCGCUGUACACUUUGAACAGGUCCAACCUGGCACUCUAUACACCUUGGUGAUGGUAGAUCCUGAUGCGCCAUUCCGGGACAGCCCGACCCAGAAAUAUUGGCUGCACUGGCUGGUCACGAAUAUCAAGGGUGAUAAUUUGAUCAGCGGAAAUGUAUUAGGUGGUGACGAGAUCAAACAAUACAACCCUCCAACUCCACCCAAAGCAAAGCCGGGGACCCCCAACCCCCAUAGAUAUUUAUUCUACCUAUUGGAACAGAAUGGAACUUCCGACACCUCCCUCGUUAACCCUCAGUCCAGGGGUCAAUUCAAGUUGGACGAGUUCGUCUCUGCCAAUGGCAAGAUUGUGGCAUCCUUCCAAUACACCACAAGUUACUAGUCAACUAAAAAUGGUCAUUCUGAAAAUGACCAGUACUUACAAUUGUCCAAAUCUAGAGCAUAUGUACUUGAUUUCAAUUAAAUUGGAGUACUUUUAGCAAAAUUUGUCAUGGUGUAUUUUGCCACUGUGUAUGGAAGAUAUAUAAGUUUUCAAUAAAUCUAUAUCUAAAACUAUCA